AUGGCAGAACAACUCACCAAUGGCACAGCUGCAGCCAACAACACAGAUAUCGAAAUGAAAGAGGAAGAAGCAGUCCCCGAGGUACCUCCAACCCAACUCCAAACCCAGGAGACGUACGCUCGCCGCCUCCACGAGAUGCUGAUCGGCUUCCAGACAUCGCUGAGCAGCAUCCAACAAGCUCAAGACUCCAAUCCUGCUCCUGUGCCUGUGCCUGCCUCGGUCAACCCGGCCAUGCUCUCUAACCAAGUGGAACACCAGUCAACCAUACAGCCUCCUGCACCAACGAUAGCGACUCCGCCGGCGGCCUCCAGCGCAAAUGCUCGUCCAGGCUCCAUGCCACCUCAACCCUCGGCGCGACCGAGCCAGCCCGUUGCCCACGGUGGCCCGACAAGGCAGUACCUCAACAGCAACAUCACCCCUCACCUGCUUGAAGGAAUGAAGCGAUUAGCGGUCGACGAGCCAGAGAAGCCGCUCCUUUGGCUGUCGAACUUCCUGCGUGAGAAGAGUAGAGAAGUCGAGGGAUCGUGA